UGUGUUCACUCUUCCGCGUCUGUUAAAAUGAGAUUUCAAAUCCUGUUUGGUUGGCUUGUGCUUGUUUGUGUUUGGUUUUACUCAAAGAAUGGAAUUCAAGGGCAAUGCCCAGCAUAUUCCAACUUUGUUGUACAACAUGGCUAUCGUCUGUACGGACAUGUUAUUACCUGGCUGUAUGCUGAAAAGGAAGUUCUUUGUAGACUCAAAUGCAAUUUGGAGCAAAGGUGUUUGACAUUCAACUUUGAGGAAGCAACUCGGAUUUGUGAAYUGAACGACGCUGACCACAAAGAAGACCUUCAAAAGGCUCCAGGUUUUGUCUACGUUGAUAUGAAGAAGUCAACUAGGAAAUAUGGAGUCACUAGUACCAGUACUACUCCACCCACUAGUACCAGUGCCACUCCUCUCACCAGUACCAGUACCACUCAAACUUCAAAAAUGGAUACUAUUUCCAGUCCAGAUGCUAGUACCAGUACCUCUCCACCCACCAGUGCCGUUACUACUCAAAGUGCCGUAACGGUCACUAGUGUCAGUACUACUCCACCUACAACCAAACCAGGUCAGUGUAAAGAAGAAGCUGCCAUUGGAAUACAGAGUACGGAUAUUAUUCCUGAUGCAUAUAUCACAGCCAGUAAAAACAAAGACUUGGCAAAGAGGGCAAGACUCAAUGGUAAUGGUGGUUGGUACUGUAAAAAGAAUACACCAUGUARURAUCAAUGGAUACAAGUGAAUGUGGGAAAGAUCGCGAAGAUUACCGGUAUUGAGACCCAAGGCGCCGCUUACCAGUCGUGCUACACAGAGAAAUACAGACUUUCCUACAGCAAUGGAAGUACAUUCAUUGAUUACAACAACAGACAAGCCCUCCAAGGGAACAAUGACAAUAAACCCAUUGUAUAUAACGAACUAACGCCAGCCAUUACAGCAAGAUAUGUACGAGUUCAUCCCAUGAAAUACAAUGACAAAUCUGGCUGUGUGGGAUUGAGAAUGGAGCUUUACGAAUGUAAAGACGAUGAAGCAAUAUGUUCGUAUGCGCUUGGGAUGGAAAGCGGAAUGAUUUCAGAAACCCAAAUUACAGCUUCAUCUUCACACACAAAUUUUCCACCAGCAGAAGCAAGACUAAAUCAUUUUAGCGCGUGGAUUGCAUAUGAUGAAAACGACAACCAAUGGCUUCAGAUCAAUUUCAAUCAAAUAAAAACGAUAAACGGCAUUGCAACACAGGGACGAAAACACAAAGCUUGGGUGAAAAAAUAUCGUCUUAAGUACAGAAAUGUCACUAAUGACAACCUCAAUGAUUACAGCCUUGAUGAUGGUAAACCAGUAGAAUUCGAUGGAAAUUUUGACCGCAACAGUAUCGUCUACAAUGUCAUCCUCCCCCCAAUAAUCGCACAAAUAGUUCGUAUUGUACCAAUAAAAUGGGAAGAUUAUAUCGCCAUGAGGUUUGAACUGUACGGCUGCCCAUAUAAGGAGGGUUCCCAAUUUUGUACUUCCUUGGUAAAGGUGUUUGAAGAUCCUGAGUUGCGGCGAUUGGCUAGCCGAAUUCCCUUACGUGUUAUAGAGGCUAAAGCGCCAUCUACGGUUGAUAGAUACUCUCGAGCAUUUAAUGAGUUUAAGUUUUGGGCGUCAAAUUAUAAGGAAAUUGCUAUCUUGCCCUCUAAUAGUGGUAGCGUUGGUCUGUACUUGGAGCAUUUAAUUGAAGACAAYUGCGYGUAUUCAAAACUUGAGUCGGCUUUUUAUGGUAUUCAGUGGGCGCAUAAUAUCUAUGGUCAUGCUAGCCCUUGCCAGUCGGGUCUCGUCAAACACAUUCUUGAAGCAGGCAAGCGUAAGUUGCGUAAAUCGACUGUAAAGAAAGAACCGGUUACUUAUCGUAUGAUAUCGGAACURUGCUCCAAGUUUGCUGUUCCAAGUGCCAAUCUGGCCGACCUAAGAUUAGCAGCGAUCUGUGUUACARCCUUUAAUGGGUUUCUACGUUAUAACGAACUUUCCAGCCUCCGGUGCUGCGAUGUGAAAUUCUGCAHGAGACAGCCUGAUAAUUUUGUUGAACUUUACAUUGWCCAAAGUCAGUGUAAACCUGAAGUCGCCAUUGGAAUAAAGAGCAAGAAUACAAUUCCUGAUGCAUACAUCACAGCCAGUGAAAACAAUCACAUAGCAAAGAAGGCAAGACUCAAUGGGCCUGGAGGAUGGUGGAUGAGAUGUAACCGGAAUUUACCAUGUAAUGAGCAAUGGAUACAAGUGAAUGUGGGAAAGAUCGCGAAGAUUACCGGUAUUGAGACACAAGGCGCCUCUUACCAGUCGCAGAUGUACUACACAGAGAAAUACAGACUUUCGUACAGCAAUGGAAGYACAUUCAAUGAUUACAACAAUAGGCAAGUCCUCCACGGGAACAAUGACAGUAAUACCAUUGUUCAUAACGAACUUACGCCGGCCAUUACAGCAAUAUAUACAAGUGUUAGUAUUGUGUUGUAUUCUGGGGAAUACAGGCUUAGCCUCAAAUCGGAAAAAAUACAAAUAGUCUCCUUCACGGUGAGAGGUUAUCGGACGAUAUUCGGUGGAAGGCUAUUUACCAUGAACUUAUUUACGGUUCAAGCAUUAAGGAAACUUGUCACGAGAGCGUUAUUUGUAGGGAAAACUUUUGUUUGUAAAAUUCGACAACUUUAUAAACGUCACUAG